GCCUUUUUGUCUCGUGACCAGCAAGCGAUUGACAUCUGGCAUCAUCACGCCAAAAAUAUGGCUUGCUGCAAUAGCGAGCGCUGCGUGCAUUUUCACAUUUUCGCAGCUUGCCUUGGGGUUCUUCUGGGGAUUUCUGCAUUUGCCGCCUUUGGUUUCCACUAUGGAAAUCACCAUGCCGCUAUCUGGGCUGUCAUUUCAGCCAUGCCAGCAGCUGUGUGUUUGCUGCUGCAUAUCCUCUACAUUCAAGAACAGUUGGACAUCUAUUAUUCAGAGAAGUCACUCAAUGGAAUGGCAUUGCUUGGAUUUGCUCUUGGACUUUGUGGUCUUGCUGGUCUAGUUUGGUACACUUUCAACAUCCUCUACUACAACAUCUCAUUUCUUCCAUUGGACAUCAGCAAGUCAUACUACAUUGACAUUGUAUGGGCCUUCAUGACAGCCAAGUGGGGCUUUAUGCUGUAUUGUGUAGCCAGAAGAUACUGUUCAAUUGUGGGAGGUGACUAUUUGAUUUUGGUCCAAGAAGAUGAAAUAAUAGCAUCUACUUCUGCCAUAAGUGCUUGAGGCCUGACUAGUUUAUAUCUCACGGGACCAUUGAUCAAACUACUUAUGUCCACAGGGGCUGUGAUAUUUUACCAGUGAGCCUUUUGUCCCACUCAAAACUGAUGUAAGGUUAGAUCUUGUUGAAUCUCAUUAUAUGUAUGAAUAAAUGUUAUUUUCUUGAGUU